UAUCCGAGUGGUUGGCAAAGUCCAAGUGUAGGUCAGCUGGGCUAUCCCGAGGUCUAGGUAGAUCGGGCCCAGGCUCCCCACCCCCCUCAGCGUCCCUGUGCUGGGGCAGUGGACUGAGCUUGUGGAGGAUCCUCUGGGGCCUGCGAUGAGCGCCCUGGAUCUGGCUCGGGUGGGCGCUUGUGUCCUCAAGAGCGUAGCGACCGGGGAGGCCGUGGAGCUGCGGAGCCUGUGGCAGGAGCGCACCUGCGUGGUCCUGGGGCUGCGGCGCUUCGGCUGCGUGGUGUGUCGCUGGAUCGCCCAGGAUCUCAGCAGCAUCAAGGACCUCCUGGAUCAACACGACGUGCGCCUGGUGGGAAUCGCCCCCGAGACCCUGGGCCUGCAGGAGUUUCAGGAGGGAAAUUACUUUAAAGGAGAGCUUUAUCUUGAUGAAAGUAAGCAGAGUUACAAGGAACUGGGAUUUAAGAGAUACAAUAGCUUGAGCAUCAUCCCAGCUGCUUUUGGGAAGCCAGUCAGGGAUGUAGCUGCCAAGGCAAAGGCCAUUGGCAUCCACGAAAACUUGUCCGGUGACCUCCUGCAAAGUGGAGGGAUGUUAAUUGUUAGCAAAGGUGGUAACAAGGUGCUGCUGCAUUUCAUCCAGAGCUCGCCUGGGGAUUAUGUUCCCCUAGAAACUAUCUUCUAGACGUUGGGCAUCUCUGCAGACGCUCACUCCAGUGAAAAGCCUCAGUGCAAUGAGGACGUGUGCACAAGAUGAGGGUACCGAUUCCCCUACCAGAUCCCUGUAGACUGCCUACUCCUCCUGGGUCAGACUGAAGAACUCCUUCAUAGGAGGCAGGGAUGCAGUCAAGAUUUGCCUAUGAGCCAUACACGACCCAUGGAUGCUAUUAAUUAAAACUAGGUUAUCAAAUGAA